UGUGGUUAUCUAGGCUGUUCAGUUGUACCUAAAUUUCCUUGCUUUCAAUGGCAAAACGAUCAUGGAGUCUGUAUUGUACAAAAAAUACCAAGAUACACUUCGUGGUUGGUGUAAAGGAGAAGAAUUUGAUCUAGCUCAUGCUAUACUGAUUGCUGGGGUAGCAGAGGAUGUCAACAUUAGUCAAAUUGAAGAAUUGAUACAGACUGUGCACUGUUGGGGUCGUGUAAGAGUAAGAGGAAGGACCUACAGUGUUGAAGCAGGAGGUUUGCUGGUUCUAUGUGAAUGUAAAGAGGAAAUAAAACCACAGACUGUUCCUCCUGAAGUGCAGAGUGAUGAUGGUACUACUGUGUGGCACAUAGUGGUGGUUGAUCCAAGGCCUGAUUCGUCAGAUGCGUCAGAUGACUUUGUUGGUAAGCUUCAUAGUUUCUUGCAAGCUGAAGGUAAAACAGUUGCAGACCUCCAGGAUUAUGUAGCUACCUCAGCACCUGCUAAAGGUACUGAAGAAUUCUUCAUUCAUGCUAUGGCUGAAGUGAUGAAGCAGUCUAACAGAAGCAUGGCUGAGAGUCACAGUUAUCAUCGACUUGGAGUGUUUUCUGGUAUCACCCCUACCCCAAUGGGAGAGGAACAAGUUUCCGUGUUUCAUCAAGGCGGUGUGUGA